AUGUCCUCGUCAUCCACAAGUGAGCAACAGCGUGUGGCAUUUCGCUCCACAGUAUUAGUCACAGGUUUUGAUGGAAAAGUUGAGUGUGUCACGCACUAUUCAUCUCGUGUUGUGAUGGGCUCAAAAGAUGGUCGCCUUAUCAUGUAUGAUACGCGAAAAGGGACAUCCACAUCGACAGCUUCGUAUACAUUUUCACAUGGAAAACGAGUGGAAUAUUUAUUAGCUGUACCACAUAUUCGAAUGCUAAUUGUUGUAUCCAAUGGAGAAAUCUCAGCACAUGGAGCUACAGAUUUAAAACCACUGGAUUUUGAUUUUUCAAAGGCAAAUACGCAUCAAGUACGUUUGAUAUGUGUGAAUCAACGUGGACCACCUCAUUUUCGACUUGGUGUUGCCUUACUGAAGCGAAAAGCUAUUGUUAUUUACCAGUAUCAUAGCAACGAAAAGAGUUAUGCUUAUUUACGAGAAUUUAGUACACAGGAUGUACCUGAAGCUAUGAGCUGGUACCGAAACAAAGUGGUUGUUGGAUAUCGAAAAGAUUAUUAUCUGCUUAAUGAUAAAUCGGGUGAAGCCAUGCAGAUUAAUUCACCUGGAAUUCAAGACCCGACAGUGUUUCCAGUAGUUAAGUUGCUACCAAAGGAAGAAAUUUUAAUUGCCGUGAUGCACCGAGUGGGUGUUUUUGUAAAUUUUACAGGGGAUGCUGUGGCCAAGAACUCAGUCACGUGGUCACAGAGUCCACAGCAAGUGGAAUUUUCGUCCUCCUAUUUGCUAGCUCUGGUGCCGAGAGUUGGUGUGGAAAUCCAUCGGACUAGUGACGGAGCCUUGGUGCAGACUAUGCCAAUGACUCGAGCAGUCUGUAUGUUUGCCAACGGUAUGAAGUGGGACAUGGAGCCGAGACCGAGUGGGGAUAGCGAAGAUGUGGUGAUUGUUGGCGUCAGAGAAUCGAACGGAACGUCGAGUGUCAUGAAGGUUGAACCUAUGCCGCUAGAUCAACAGGUUGGAGAGCUUUUAGACCGUGGACAGAUCGAUGAGGCACAGAAUUUGGUGCGCAAGUCCAUUUCGUCUAUGUCGAGUGACAAGCAGCGCAGCAAGAUUAAACGGUUCCAGCGCCAGGCUACAGUAGCGCUUCUACGUCGGUUGGAGUUUGACAAUGCCGCAGAUUACAUGUACCGUGCUGCUAUAGAGCCGUGUGAGUUCAUUGCCUUUUUUCCAGAGCUUCAGUGCACCUCGUUUGCAUAUGAACCUUCCAUUUUCAAGCCUGAGGUGUUACCGCGUGGCAACAGCUCUGCACCUGAUAUUACGUCUGUUAUUCAGGAACUACUUUCAUCUCCACGGACACCUCUGAAUAGUGAAAUUGCCAAAAGUGACGCUUCAGAUCUCGUCAGCGCCGCGCAGAAAGCACUUCUCAAGUUUCUUAACCAGCACAAAAAGCAUAUGCGGGACAAGGCUCGUGCCCGUGCGCACCCAACGUCAUCUUUAAGAAGCGGUUCUGGUUUCGCUGGAAACCCGAAGGAUGCGCGUCGCGUAGAAGCCAUUGACACUGCGCUCUUUCGCCUUUACGUGCACUUUAAGAGGUACAAAGAAUUACUUGUUCUUAUCCAAGAACCUAAUCCUGACGUGGAGGGUCCGUCCGGAUCUCUUGGAGGCUGCGCACUUGAAUUGGAAUCGUCACAGUCGCUGUUGAUGAAGCACAAACUUUACUACGAGGCUGGCCAGUUGCUGUGUGCUCAUCGAAAUUACGAUAAGGCUUUGGAAAUUUUUGCCUUGUUGCACCACGGUGAGUACAAACAACGUGGUGGCACAAGCGGCAUGCCAAAGUCUCCAAUUGAAGCAGCAAUCGAUGUGCUGGUUACGGUUCCCGAGUCAGAAAGUGAAUUUAUCUUCAAGCAGUCGAUUUGGAUUAUUAAGGCAACAUCUGCCAAGCAAGCUUUGCGCAUUUUCACUGAUCGUCGACCACCGUUACCAUCGAACGACGUGGUUGCACAUUUGCGAGAACAUUCAAGUGAUUAUGCUAUUGUCCAGAGGUACCUUGAGACUCUCGUCAAGGCAACUGGUGACACUGGUGCCAACCUUGCGGGUGCAACAGCUGCUGUAACUGACAGCGGAAGCGCAAUGGAGGGUAGUAGCCGAGGUUUUACUGCAUUUGCUGACCCAGGUGCUAUGGAGCUGGGGGUUAAUGACAGUUAUAGUCACUUCUUAGCUGGUGAUAACGAUGAUGAUGAUGAGCCCGCGCGUGGGCCAGAUGGUGCCACAACAUCGAUUGCGGUUGAUCCGCAUCACACCCGCUUGGCACUGGAGUAUUUUGAUGAAACCCUUCGACUUGUGUCGAAGGGAGAGGUACCGUCAAAGUCUCAACCAGGUAAAGAGCCUGGUGCGUUGGGUGAUGCGCGCAAGAGGUUGCUUAAAUUUCUCAAGUCUGGUUCGUCACGCUACGACGUGACUCCGCUAGUUGAGAAAAUUAAGGGCAAACCGCUGUAUAAUGAGUUUGUCAUUCUUUGUGGCCGAGGUGCACUGCACGAGGAGGCUGUCACGUCGCUAGUGUAUGAGCUAAACGACUUGCGUGGUGCCGAGAGCUAUUCUGUCAAAUAUGGAGCGCGUGCUUCGUCAGCCAGACCAUCUUCUACUAACCAAAAGGUUGGAGCUGGUGCUUCCAUGGAGCGCAACGAGGCCCUAAUGAAGCUGUUGAAAAUUUGCUUCUCUCCUCGUGAUGAGUCAAAGAAGGCGACGUUUAACGACUUUGGCUUUCAACUGCUCGCACGCCACGGCAAAAGUCUGGAUAGCGCUGCAGUACUGGAGAUGGUGCCGCCAAGCACACCAUUGUCGAAGCUGGGUGAGUUUUUCGCACAGGCUUUGCCACAUAGUGCACAUAAUGUGCGGGAGAUGAGUAUCACCAAGUCAUUGUCGAACGUCUACAACUUGCAGGUCCAAUGCGACCGUGUAGAGCGUUUGUCCCAGAGUGUGCAAGUUGAGCCGAACACGCUUUGCCCGGUGUGUCACAAGCGCAUUGGCGAUAUCGUGUUCGCCGUCUAUCCAAAUGGAAAGGUGGUUCAUUACAACUGCACUAACAGCAAUCUCCAGCUUUGCCCCGUAACGGGCGAGCGCUUCUCCUGA